AUGCAAGAACUGUGGUUACUUACUUUCGUUCUGUUGCUCUCUGGUCGCGCUAUUUGCGAUACCCAAGAACUCAACGUUGGUAAGUCUUUCAGCAGGCGGUCAUUCAAUCAGAGAUUCUUUCUCUCAGUACGCUGGGGAAUCCCACAGACAAAUGCCUUAUACUGUCUUGGCAAGAAAUGUAAUAAAAAUUGGGUGGAUUUUAGAGGAAGUGGCCGAUUCAAAUCUCAGACUGUUGUAAGAAGUUUGCCUGAGAACCGGCAAAACAUCUGUUAGGCUUCUUUCAAACACCAGAAAAAUUUAUAAGAAGAUUGAAAUCUUCAUGACAAAAUUUUUCCCUAUGUGAACUAAAUUUAUUUAGCCUCUUGGCAAGUAUCUCGAGUGUGGGUUAAAACAGCCGCCCAUGGGAGACACGCAUUAGAUGCUGGGCGCCUCUUUGGGCGCUGGUCAUGCAGUACCACCGUACUUUCCUUAGUUAUGCUUGAAAUCAUAGACAAACCAUAUAUCGUAGUAAUGCAACUAAUUAUAUCGUGUAGCAUCUCUCUGUCACGCCCAGUUUAUUGAACUAUGCAGCCAAAUGAAUAUCAACCUGGGGCCCUUUCCGCCGGGAAAUAAACCGUCAUUGGAUUAAAAGAUACAAAAUGGCUUCUGUUACAUCUUUUCUAAACAAUACAUUAUGCUCGAGGAGAAUACGCGGAUCGGCGAUAUACAACAUCUCUAUUUUCCGCCAGUUUUCUAUCAUGUUUCGCGAGUUUCAACGGCUUUUCCAAUCCUAAUCUUCGUUUUCCGUUUAAAUGUUAGCGACAGUGAACCACGGGCUUUUUGAGUCCAUGCAGAUAUGUGGAUUAAUUUGCUUAGCUAUUUCCCCUUAGGAAUGUUCUGAGGUGUAUAUCUGAAGGUUUCAGUUGAAAAUAUGACUACGCUUUUCUGCAAACUUGGUGUCUGAUAGAGAGGACUGUAAAAUUACAGUUGCCUCAAAUUUUUAAAUCCACUAAUUUUGCGGCAAAAAUGAUGUUAAAUACUGAAAAUGUGGAUAUAUUGUUCGGCUAACGGAAUGUCUUUUUUAAAUAAUUCCUUAUUGUUCCUCUGUAAAAUAAACCGCUGCCCAUUAAAAUAAGCUAUCAUACCAUGCCUCUGCGAGAAUCAACAUCUUGUAAGUUGAUGCUUUUAAAUAGCAAAUGUUUCGUCCAAAUUUCAUGAAGCAGUAGCAGAAACAUCUGCAGAUAGGUGUGCUUCGGUAUGCUCUCCAAGGACUGCCAGUAAGAUGCAUAGUUUGCAAAAUGACCACGGAAGGGUGCCAGUCAUUAAACAUUUAUCUUCUAUUUUCCACUGUCAGGAUUCAUCAUUGAAGGGCAGUACGAAGGACAAACCACAGUCAUUCAAAAGGCGAUAACAGCAGCUAAUAGGAAACUCACUGAACUACUGAGCGGACAGUCACAUCAGAUCACACUGGUUCCUCUGAUAAAACGCAUCAGUGCUCGAAACGCUUUUGCUGCCACAAAAGCAGGUUUGUUCGUUUUCUACCCAGGGAGUUGAUUUUUGUCAUGCCUUUAACUCUGACCAGUUAGGAGGAAGUACUCCGGAAGUCAACUGAAAAAUCAGCAGAAAACUUCGAACAAAAACAUUCCUGUUGCUUUUUAACUUUUUCAAAAAUUAACCGCUACUUUGGACUAAAUCAAUUUAAACUAAGGUUUAUAGGUGCUAACCGAAAUUAUAGCUAGUGCAAUAGAUAAGUCACUUCAUGAAAUGUUGACCGAAAUUGUGAAAUACGUUUUCGACUUAAAAGGAUUACUUAAGUAGGAUUGUAAUAUUAAUUGUCCUGCAGCAAAAUCCCACGAUAUUUUAGCUACGUCAUGAUGCCGGCUUUCGAACGAAUUAUUAUGAUAUCCUGUAACCCAAAUAACAUCCCUUUAUACCCAAAACCGUUGAAUUAAAAGGGGGGGAGUUUUAUUCCCUUAAUAAAGUGAAACUUCAUUUAGAUUCAGGAGUGGAUCGUAAGUUGGUAAGGGCACCCUCAUUAUCUUCUGUUUAUAUUAAACGUUCUCGUAAUUCCCGGAUUGUCUAAAAUCAGAGAAUGUGCAGUUUAAGCACUUCAACUGACAAAAAGUAUGUUACUUGCAAGCGAUCGCCGCUCAGUGUGUUCCAAUGCAAGUAGAUUUGGCUGUCUCAAAAAAAUAUUACGGCUGGCAAAAGCCCACUCCGAUUACUUGUGUAGAUUUCGUGUGAUGAUAGAUUUGUGACUUGUGUGCCACUAAAAAAGGAACUACAGGUCUAGAACACUUGGUUGUCUACUGGAGUAGAUAUUGAUACUGUUGGGCGACAUGUAUUAACAGUGUGCUGGCUUUUUGUUCUGAAGUCAUCUUUAGAGACCGGUGAAGAACAAACUAAUCGAAUUCCAUGAAUCAUGGGUUUUUCUGUCGUUUUAUAUUUCCCCCUAAUGAUAGGUCUACGAAGAGAACUUGAUAGUCAGAACAGUACGUAAUUUUUACCUGUGCCCGACCCUUCGCUCGCUCUCAAAGUGAUUCCAAAAUAUAUCCCAGCGCUUGUUUAAAAUUUCAUUUAGACUUACACAGCCUCAUUUAAGGGCAAAGCGGUCGACCAAAGACAGCCAAGGGAUGAGAAGCAGAAUGUAGGUGCGUCCGUUUGGACCCCGUCAUUUAACUACAGUUUCCUCUUUGUAAGCAACCUCUCUGGUUUCCCGACUAUAGUUUGCCGGUACAUUUUAAGGUUUUUCACAUCCGCUUGUAAUGAAAUGUGUGUUAAUUUUGUCCUUUAAUUGAAAUUACUAAAGGGUGUUUGCUGUAUUUUAGUGUCACAGUGACAGUUUGUUCUUAUCAUUAGAAGAACGUGCUCUAGUUUAAUGUAAGUACUGUUUGAAUGUCAGCCAAACUGUCUAGAAUAGGGUGAACAGGGUUUUAACUGAGUCUGUGCUCUCCUUAAAGCAUGUGAGCUGCUUGCGGACCAAGUGAUCACGGUUUUUGGACCCAAUAGCAGCCCUGCCUCGACACAAGCGCUGUGGGUCGCUCAGAAGUACGGCAUACCCUACGUGGUGGUCCAGUGGGGUGAUGACGAGCCCCUCCAAAAUUACUCUAUCAAUCUGCAUCCCUCAUACAAUGAAGUGGGUCGCGUUCUUCGAAGGUUCAUCGAGGAAGCUGAAGACUGGAAGCAACUCGGCAUCAUUUACGCUGAUGAUGAAGGCAAGACUGUCGUCACCCUAAAAUAA